UCCGCACCUGGGAUCCAAACCUGCAAACCCCGGGCUGCUGAAGCGGAACGUGCAAACUUAACUGCUGUGCCACCGGGCCAGUCCCUGUAUGUCUGGUAAGUUUUGACUGGAUGCCAGGUAUUAGGAAUUUUACCUUGUGAAGUGCUGGAUAUUCUUGUAUUCCUGUAAUUCUUGAGCUUUGUUCUGGGGUACAGUUAAGUUACUUGGAAAUAGUUCAAUUCUUUUGGGUCUUGCUUUUAAGAUUUGUUAGAUGGGACCAGACCAUCUAACCAGUGCUAAUUCUAGGGCCGAUUAAUCCCCCUGAGACCUACAUGAAUGCUCUUCCCAAUGCCCCGUAAUUAAUCUGGCUAGUGGGAAUAGGCACUAUUCCCAGCCUGUGUGUGCAUCAAACACCUUUCUCUCUAACCCUUUGAAGUGGUUCUUUCCCCAGCCUUGGGUAGUUUUCUUACACAUAUGUGUUAAGCAGGACUUUGGCACACUAGAAAACUCUCUCUGUACAGCUCUCUCCUCUGGUGCUCUGCCCUAUGACCUCGAGCUGUCUUGGUCUCCCUAGAUUCUCAGCUCUGACUCCUUCACUCUGGGACUCCCCUGAACUCUGCCUCAGUUUUCCUUCCCUGCACUGUAGCCUGGGAACUCGAGGCAGUGAAGUGGGGCAAUACUAAGCCUCACCUCCUUUGUUGUACUUUUCUCAGUGUAUUGAAAACCAUUGUUUCAUAUUUUUUGUCCCUCUUUUGGUUGUUUUAGGUGGGGAAGUAAAUCUGGUCCUUGUUUCUCUGUCUUGGCUUCUGCAAAUGGAGGUCCAAAUGUCACACCCAUCUGGAACACUUACCACCCAAAACCAUUGAAUAUUGAAACUCUUAAGUUAGGUUGCAUACUGUUGAACUCACAUCCAAUUGAUUCCAGGCGAAGACAGCUAUUUUCUUGUCUUUACAUCCCUACAGACUUAACCAAUAGCCUGGUGCUUGGCUGACACUCAGUAAAAGCUGGCGAAUGAAUAAACUAUUUUGAGCAAACAGCUGUCCAUCUGCUUCUGGUGUUUUCUUCCAACAUUUGUUGGUAGGCUUUUGCGAUUUUCUUCUUGCCUGCCAGCAGCAAAAGAAAGCUAGGCAAGAUGGAAAUUUCUGGGACUUCUUAUUCAUGAUUGUAAUUAUCCACAAAAAUGUACCCUUUAAAAAAGCUUAUUUACAGGCAUGAGGGAACUUUUGGGGCUGAUGGCAAUGUUCUAAAACUGGGUUAUACAAGUUUAUAAAAAAUCAUUGAAUUGUACACUUAAAAAUAGGUGAAUUUUGUGAUAUAUAAAUUACACCUAAAUAAAAGAUUUUUUUAAAAAAAUCUUAUCUUGAAGAUUUCCAAGGCAUUUUAAGGUGAAAAAAGGAAGUUGCCAACCACUUUUUAUAGACUAAACCCAGUUUUGAUUUUUUCAAAAGCCUUAUAUACAUUGAAAUAUAAGCUUGAUUGGGUAGGGGUAGACUGCAGUGGAUUCUCCUUUUGUACAAUGCACGUAUAUUACUUUUGUAAUCAGAAAAUGAUGUUCUCCUGGCUUGAAUUGCCCAGCAUGAGUUGGCUCAGAUGGAUUUGUCUAAACAGUAUUUUCCCAUGUAUCCCAGAGCUUUGUGUCACUUUAGAACUUGGUUUUAAGCUACAGUCCCUGUAGUCAUUAAUUAUUGAGUGGUCAGUCUAAUAACCUGAGUCAGAUCUAUUUACCCAAAGUAUGUAGAUUAUAAUUAAUAAUCAGCGCUUGCAUUUGUCUCAUACCUUUCUCUCUAAGGACCAGGGUGAUGACGUACUUUGAGCUGACAUCAUCACCAGGAAGUCAGGGAAGGUGACCUUUUAACAGUCCUCGCUUUGCAGACGAAGAGGGGCUUUUCAGAAGCAGCUGCCUUCCUUAGAGAGGCAGAGAGAAAUGCCAACUAAAAGAAAUGCAUAGGAGUCUGGCUGGGGCUUGAAAAAAAUCUGAGCAUUUUCUUCAAGAAAAUUAAAUGAUGCAAAGACUACAUUAAGAUAGUCUGUUGUAUAAUAAAAUUGUUGCAGUCUCAGGAUGAAAUCAGACUGACUAACUGACCUAAAUUGUGUGUCACCUGGUUGAGUGGAUUGAAGGAGAGCUCUGUCCAUUUCCUGAAUUCUCCUUUUCUUUGUUAGAUGAUCAAGCAGAAGUUUUCUGUGCCCUCUCCUGGCUUGACUUUGAAACUGCAUAACAGUGAUACUCCCAACUUCACUGCUUAGGACUUUCCUUAAACAAAUUCCUGCUCUCCCCUCCCUUUUGCCCUAGAAGGGUCAUUUUGGACUAGAGAGAGACAGACGGGGCCAAUUACUUGGCGUGUGGAUAAAAGUGGUCGGAUGAUUCAGGCUCCAGAUGGCCAUUCAGCAAGCUGAAUAGAGAGACUGAACGACCAAUCUUGUGUUCAAAUGAGGACAAGGAAGGUAAAGGUGACCGUUGAUGAGGUAACAAGGGGAGUGGGGUGUCACAGAAAGCCCCUAGAUGGGCGUCUCGGGGAGGCUGGAGUUGCUGCAGGAUCAUUUCUGAGCCUCCACAAGCACAGACAAGUUCAAAGUGUUGACUCCUGAGGAGUCCUUGCAUCAUUCUCCAGGCCAAAGGGAAUCCAAGCAGACCACUGAAACAUACACGGUGUUUACUUCAUCCGCUUUGGCUGUCACAGUUUUUUGGCUGAAAUAGUAAUCACCCGAGAGCUGCUCUCCACAGCUUCCAGAAGAUCUGUUCAAACAUUGACUCGCUUACCAAACGUUUAUUGUAUCACUUGUUUUUUACAAGGCACCCCCCCCUUAGAAGCCAGCCAAAAGGACGAAGCAGAUACUGGAACGUAUGGUUAUUAGAACGGUGCUUCUGAACCUUUUUCCUGUCAUGGCACACAUAGAAAAUUAUACAAUUUGUAUGUCCUACCAGAGUUUUCUUCUGGGAGUGUUUAUGCUUGAAAGGGCUAUAUGCAAUAAUGACGAGGACUUUUCAAGAAGGAUCUCUUCAAGUUCUGGAUCGCCGUGAACAAUUAGAAACGCAAGUAGGUAAUAAAAGUUUAAAAGGACAUUUUAACAUUAAAAACUUUACGAAAGUUACAAUAUUUUAAGAAAUGUUUUAUUUUCUUUCAUUAACAAUUGUACAAUUGAAAUUUCUUGUGAUAACAUUAAUGGAUUUUGAAUCCAAUCAAACUCUUUGAUGUCAAGCAUUUUAAAAUAAGGACAGAGCUCUGAUUUAAAGCACGUGCCUUCGGGGUUGAUGUCCAUUUGAUCUAUACUGGUAUUCACUGUUUAUCGCUAGCUGACAUCUGAUCUGAUUGGUCAAUGUCUGUGCCAUCUCAGGUGUUAAAUAUUUUUAGUAUCACCCUGCCCAUAAGCAUGGUUGAAGCAGUCACCCUGAAGUUAGCUAGGACACUGCUUGGGCAUCAGCCAAAAGUGUACAGAAAUGUCUGACGCUAUGUGAAGACAGAUUUGGGUCAGCUGGCUGGAGCUGCUCUGGCCAGGCUCCCCCAACCAGUCUCCUGGGCUCUCCAUUCGUGACCAGCUGCACCAUGGGUUGCUGCUCAUCCUCCUUGGGCUCCUGGAACCCAGCUCCUCUAGCAGGGCCCUGGGCCCUCGUCUGUGAUUGCAGCAGUGCGCUGUGCAGCCGGCCUCUGAGGUUGAUGCCCAGGUGGUGACACGUGGCAAACGGCAAAUACCGCUGAUCCUGCUGCCUACUUGUGGGGAUCACAGGGCAGGAUGUCAGACCCUUCUCUGCUUGGAUCAUCCUCUGAGGAGCUCCUCACGGGCUGCAUGCCCCCGGAGGUGACUGGCCUAACUGGUGGACCCAAGGACCAUGGGAUCUUUAUAUUGCACCCCACCUGUCACCCAAUUGCAGUACACCAGUGUGCAAUGACUGCUGGUUAGGAAACUCUGCGGUAGAGGAAAUAAAUGUACAAUGAUAACACUACCUAUUAUUUAUCAAUGUGUGGUUUACAAUGCUCUUUCACAGUGGACCUCAUUUAAUCCUCAUAAGAACAACCAGUAAGAAUUAUCAUCCCAUUCGACAGAGCAGGAAAUAGGUUCAAAACGCCCCAGCCGCCGGGCCUCUGAUGGCCCCUGGAACCAGCCCCCUAGCUCUGAGUUCGUGGCCCGGCCGGUGGGUGUCUGCUCCAUGAUGCGGCUGCCUGUGCAGGCCUCCCCCGAGGGGCUGGACGCUGCCUUCGUCGGGGUGCCCCUGGACAUUGGGACCUCCAACCGGCCCGGAGCGAGAUUUGGACCCCGACGGAUCCGGGAGGAAUCAGUGUUGCUUCGAACAGCCAACCCGAGCACGGGGGCCCUCCCCUUCCAGUCCCUCAUGGUUGCAGACCUAGGAGAUGUGAAUGUCAAUCUUUACAACCUUCAGGACAGCUGCCGCCUAAUUCAAGAGGCCUAUCAGAGAAUUAUAGCCGCUGGCUGUAUUCCUCUGACCUUGGGUGGAGAUCACACAAUCACAUAUCCUAUAUUGCAAGCGAUGGCAAAAAAGCAUGGCCCUGUGGGGCUGCUCCAUGUGGACGCUCACACGGACACGGCUGACAAGGCCCUAGGAGAGAAGCUUUAUCACGGGACACCCUUCCGCCGGUGUAUGGACGAAGGACUCCUGGAUUGUAAGCGCGUGGUGCAGAUCGGCAUCCGGGGCUCUUCCAUGACCUUGGAUCCCUACACUUACAGCCGGAGCAAGGGCUUCCGGGUGGUCCUGGCAGAAGACUGCUGGAUGAAGUCGCUGGUUCCUCUGAUGGGGGAAGUGAGGCAGCAGAUGGGAGGCAAACCCAUGUACAUCAGCUUCGAUAUUGACAGCUUGGAUCCCGCCUAUGCCCCGGGCACAGGGACACCCGAAAUUGCUGGUCUCACCCCUAGUCAGGCUCUGGAGAUCAUCCGCGGUUGUCAAGGCCUGAACGUGGUGGGCUGUGAUCUUGUGGAAGUUUCCCCGCCAUACGAUCCUUCUGGAAACACGGCCCUCCUGGCUGCUAACCUGCUGUUUGAGAUGCUGUGUGUGCUCCCCAAAGUGACAACUGUCUGAAUCUUGUGCUCUUCAAGAUAAAACAACAGAGUGCGCCAACGACAAAUUCUCAGGAUUUAUGAGCAAGCAGUCUGAGUACUAAAGAGUUUAUGCCAAUAAAACUUUCUGCUAAAAGUGUCACUGGCGGCUGUGAAAUCAGGGUGUUUGGUAGAACUCUAAUCCUAACAGCUCAUCUCUAAGGAGUCUGAACUGACUUAAAAAAGAAACAGAAACAAGCAGUACUUGGGCUGCUUUGGUUUUUUCCUUAAAUGAAAGAUGGUGGAGGAUAAAGGGGAAAAAAUAAAGGAUGGAGAAUUUACUUCAAGAUUACCCAAAAAUUGGUGGAAUGAAAUUAAAAAAACCCUAUGAAAUAAUACUACAUAAACAUUCCAUAUUUCUCUAGUAUCUUCCUUUAAAAUAUAGCUCCUCUUCUCAGAAGCUUAGGGCUGCAUCUUGAUUUUAUGUUCCUGAACAUAAACAAAGAGUAUGAAAGAAAGUAACAGGUGGAUCCUAAUAAAUAAACUUCCCACUCAAACGCCCAGGAGGGUGCAUGAAAUGUCUUCUAAACCAGACGACAUCAGCUGGCCUCCCAAGGGCCGAUGACACUUCUUAGCCCCCUCCCUGCAAGCCUCAGUUCUGCAUUACCCCCUCUCCAGGCCGGCGCACCCUCUCUGACGGUUCCC